AUGGAUCCGCGACACAAACUUUACAAAACUCUUGACAAUCUUGCCAUCGCACCAGACGCCGAAACCAAUAUGAGUGCAAGGACGGACGAGGAAGCGGCGAACGUGCAGGCUACUUCUGGCGUUACUAUAGAGGGACUGGAGAAGAAGUUGAAGGAGGGUUUGGGCGCAACUUAUGUCGAGAUCGAAGACCUGAGCGGUGGAUGCGGGCAAAUGUACGAGGCUAUCAUCGUAUCACCACAGUUCGCCAAGAAGACUACUCUAGCACGACACCGGCUAGUUAACUCGACAUUGAAAGAGGAGAUUGCCGCGAUACAUGCAUGGACCCCUAAAUGCCAUACGCCAGAAGAGUGGGAGAAGAAGAAGCCGCAGUAA